CACAUCACCACACAAAAAGAAACCGCACCAAACCCAACUAAAAACAACACCAUAAAGCCAACAAAGCCCUAACCUUUUCCUUUUCCCUUUCCCGCACCUGCAUCCCUCUUUCACUCUGCCCAAGGCCGACCACCUUAGAUUUCAUCGGUUCCACCCAUGAUCCGAAUACCCGGUUCUUCUUGAUCCGGAUGUUCUUCCUUCUGCUUUGAUCUCUCUCUCUCUCUCUUUAAAGGUUUGAUGAAUUCACAAUUGUCUCCUUUCUUAUUAUCUGUUAGUUUUAUGGCUCUUGGUUGGUUAGGAUAAGAGGAGAGAUCUGCUGGUGUUCGUUUGAAUUUUGUUGAUCUUUUUCACUGCCGCCUUUCUGUUUUCAGCUAUUGCUAGAUUUAUUGGCUGAAGGGUAAGUUUUGGUGCUCAGUGUUGUGUCCUUGUGUUAUUUUCUUAGAUAUCGGUUAUGGCAAUCUGCAUUGUUUUGGAGGAGAAAUUGUGAUUAGGGGCUGUGGAGCCACUUCUGUGACUUUUCGAUCUUAUCAGGCUUCUGGUUCUGGAUCGUGUUGUUUAGUGCUCAUAGCUUAUUUCUGUAUGAAUUUUGAGAGUUUUAACUGCGAAAUUCGAAUCGUUAGUGUUUAUUCGGUUAUACUUUCUGUGUUUGUGAGCUGGAGGAUGUUAGGUUGUAAGUUGUAGUGAUUCGGAAUUGAAUGUUUUUAGGUACAUUCCUUAGUUACUACAAAUUGUAGAGGUGAAGUCCGUUGUUAAGUUAUCAUUGGGUUUUAGAGGAUUAGGAGGCAUCGAUGUCGUUUAAGAGCAUUAUCCAGGAGAUGAAGGGAGAGUUUGGGAGUAUAUCGAGAAGAGGGUUUGACGUGAAGUUUGGGUAUGGCAUGAGAUCGAGGUCACAUAGGGUAGUUCAGGACAGCUCAGUUCCAGUUGAUGUGUUCAAGCAGAGUUGUUGGGCAAACAUGCCGCCUGAGCUUUUGAGGGAUGUGUUGAUGAGAAUAGAGGCAUCAGAGAGUACUUGGCCUCCACGAAAGAAUGUGGUUGUUUGUGCUGGUGUAUGUAGGAAUUGGAGAGAGAUUAUGAAGGAAAUUGUGAAAACCCCAGAAAUUUCUUGCAAGUUGACAUUCCCAAUCUCAUUGAAACAGCCUGGUCCAAGGGACUCCCUCCUUCAAUGUUACAUAAAACGUAACCGUAGCAACCAAACAUAUUAUCUUUACCUUGGCUUGAAUCAAGCUUCCAACGAUGAUGGAAAGUUCCUUCUUGCUGCAAGGAAGUGCCGCCGUCCUACCUGCACAGAUUAUAUCAUCUCAUUAAAUUGCAAUGAUGUGUCAAAAGGAAGCAGUACCUACAUUGGAAAGUUGAGAUCCAACUUUUUGGGGACCAAAUUCACAGUCUAUGAUGCACAACCUCCAAAUGCUGGAACAAAAGUUACUAAAAGUUGCUCCACCAGGCUAAUUAAUAUGAAACAAGUUUCUCCUCGUGUCCCAGCUGGCAACUAUCCUGUAGCCCACAUCUCUUAUGAGUUGAAUGUCCUGGGUUCUAGAGGUCCAAGGAGAAUGCACUGCAUCAUGGAUGCCAUCCCAGCCUCUUCUAUUGAACCUGGAGGUGUUGCUCCCACACAGACUGAAUUCCUACACAGUAAUCUGGAUGCCUUCCCAUCACUGCUGUUCUUUAGAUCAAAAUCAACCCGUGCAGAGAGUUUCCAAUCUGGACCUUUGUCUGACCAGAAAGAUGGAAUGCUAGUAUUGAGGAACAAGUCACCGAGGUGGCAUGAACAACUCCAGUGCUGGUGUCUGAACUUCAAUGGACGGGUAACAGUUGCAUCAGUCAAAAAUUUUCAGCUGGUUGCAUCUCCUGAAAAUGCAGCUGCUGGUCAGGAGCAUGAGAAUGUCAUUCUCCAAUUCGGUAAAGUGGGGAAGGAUGUAUUCACUAUGGAUUAUCAGUAUCCAAUCUCAGCUUUUCAGGCAUUUGCUAUAUGCCUUAGUAGCUUCGAUACUAAGAUCGCUUGUGAGUGAUAUGCAAACAGGUUGUGCGAGAUGCAAAGUAGUUGGUUUGCAGGUAUGGAUUUGGCAUGUUCUGCUACAAAGUUGCUUGGUACUUUAGUGCUUUUCUGUUUCCAUAUGAGAAGUUAGGAUUUAACUUUUAUUUUAGUUCUUUGCUGUACAUAUAACCGUUUGUAUUAAGAGCGAGACAUGGCCGUUAUGUUGGUUGUGCGCUUUGUUAACAUGAUUGUCUCUUUGAUUGUUGAGCGGAAAAAAAGAUGAACUAAAAACUGUUGAAUGGUUUCUUGAAUUUGUUAAGGGAGCUCCCUUGUAGGAGACUGUUGUCCA